AUGCCUUCACGUAAAAGAUCAUCAAAACUAAAACAACGUAGACGAAAACAUCCAAGUCCACCUCCACCUCCAUCUCCACCUCCAACAGCAACUCCAUCGUUAUUUCAUCGAAUUUUGUUUUUUUUCGCUCAAUGGUUCAACAACCACAACCAAAAUGAGUUGUUGUUAUGGUCAUCGUCGUUGGUUUUAUUCGGGUUGGCAAUUUAUCUGUGUAUGUAUCAUCCAAUCAAAGAUUAUAUGUUAUUCGAAAUUUAUGCUCUGGACCCGAAAUAA